AUGUUAAUGGGUACUGUAGGUUCAUCAUUUUUAUCUGCUUCGCAAUCGACAAUUAAUGAUGCAAAUUGUAUUCACAAUGAAAAUUUAUCAACAUCAAAUUAUGAAUAUCGAAAAGAAACAAUGCCAGUUAUAGUUGAUAUUCAAAGUAUUGAAUCAUCAAACACACAAAGAUCUUGUAGAUUACCACGUACUUCAACUAUAAGUUAUGGUCCUAUACAUGUAAGAAAACGUCAUACAGCGGCUCCAACAUUAGCUACUGGACGUCGUUCAAAAGAUAUGAAAAUGGAAGGUGAAGAAGCUAUAAAACGUGAAAUACGACGUCAAAAAAAUCGUGAAUCAGCAAGAAAUUUAAAAAAAAUUCGAGAUAAUGUUGAAAAUGAAUUAAAAAUUCAAAUUCAAGAAUUAGAAGCUAAACAAAAUGAUUUAUUAAUACAAAUAGAAACUCUUCAUAAACAUAAACAAGAUCUUGAAAACAAAUUUCAACAAACAAAUUCACUAUAUGAAUUCAUUGCUCGAACAACACCAAAUAGAUUAGUAGAAGUUGAAGAAACUAAACCACAAACAUUAUCACCAAUUCAUUAUUAUUCGAUGGACCAACAACAAGAACAAAGUCCUUCAUCACCACAAUGGCAAUUAUUAUUUAGUAUAUGA